GAGGAAGAAAAAGAAAGAGAGGAAGAGGAAGAGAGAAACAGACAGAGGGAGUUUUGUGUGAGCAGAGAGUUGGCCCCUGAGGCAGUGUAAGCAGAGCCCGAGAGAGGGAGUAAACAAGACAAAUGACCCCAGCAUGAAGGAGAGAGGGAGUGAGGGAGGAUAGAAGGAGAGCCUGGGAGGAGAGCCAGAGAGUGGGCGGGACAGUCGUGAACAUGAGUUCUCUCAUCUCAUUGGCAGGCAGCCCUGUCAGGCAUCUCACUUCCUCCUUGAACCAUUGACUCCAGGGAGGUGGGUGCCGAAGGGAGGGGGAGGUAACCUCUCACAGCUCUCUCUCUCUCUCUCUCUCUCUCUCUGCUUUUCUACAGAAAAGCGUAAACUUGGACUGAAACUGAAAGAGGGCUCAGACUUGUUAAAGAAAAGCCAAGCUCUAUCUCUCUUUCUCUCCCUCACUUUUUCAGUUUCCUGCUUUGGGUAGCCAUUUUGUUGCACAGCCGAGAGGAAAGGACAACAAAGUGAAUCCUGUUGCUGGCCUCUCUGUCCUCUCAACAUUUCCUGGCAGAGUUUUGACUUUCUCCCUUACAGGACUACUUCUCCAGAAGAGAGGAAGGAGGAGGGGGGAGUAGGAGGCGGGAGAAAAGGAAAGAAGACGUGUGAGUGCGGAGCACACAGAGAGAAAGAGAGGGAAAAAGAGAAGAAGAAAGAAGGACAGAAAGGAGAGGAAGAGAGCAACUUCCUGGAUGAGGAAUUCUCCCUUGCUCCACUGAGACGUCUGGCCACAGCACACACGGGAGCUUGGACACUCUGACGGACGCUGUCUCUGUGUGUGUGUGGUUGUGUUCGAGUGUGGUUGAACGUGUGUGUGAGUCAACUCGUUCACACCUUCACACUCCCCUGCUCUGGGAGCUCAUUUGAAGCGUGUGUGCUGAAGGUCUUUCAGGACUCGCUCACACGCCUGCCUGUGUGUGUGUGUCUGUGUUGAGCUCCAGCCAUGGCCAACGCCAGCCCCUGUUUGUCGUCGGGGCCCCUGUCGCAGGUCUUCUUCCCCACGGGAGGCCCCUCUCCUCCAGGCUCUGUGGUCCUUCAGCAGGGGACGCCCAUGGCCAUGCCGCCCACGCCCUCACAUGGCUUCACUACGGUGGACCUGGGGGCUGGGCCUGGGCCCGGGGGCUCCAUGUCAUCCCCUCUGCCCCCCACACCGGCGGGGGUGUCCUUCAUCAUCCAGAUCGGGCUGACCAGGGAGUCGGUUCUGCUGCCCCAAACUGCUGACCUGGCCUACGUCAAACAGAUCGCCUGUUCUAUCGUUGACCAAAAGUUUCCUGAGUGUGGCUUCUAUGGUAUGUAUGACAAGAUCCUGCUGUUUAAACAUGACCCUGGCACCAACAACAUCCUGCAGCUGGUCAAAGCUGCCUGUGACAUCCAGGAGGGAGACCUGGUGGAGGUGGUGCUCUCAGCGGCAGCCACCUUCGAGGACUUCCAGAUCCGCCCCCACGCCCUCAACGUCCACUCCUACCGCGCCCCCGCCUUCUGUGACCACUGUGGAGAGAUGUUGUUUGGACUGGUCAGACAGGGACUCAAAUGUGACGGCUGUGGUCUGAACUACCACAAGCGCUGUGCGUUCAGCAUCCCCAACAACUGCAGUGGCGCCCGGAAACGGCGCCUGUCCACCACCUCCCUGACCAGCAGCCAAUCACUGCGUCUCUCCACCACGGACUCCAUCAGCAGCACAGGAACCAGCUCCAUCUGCACUGAGGAGACCAGCCUGGUUCGCUCACACACACAGAUGCCGAGGACUCCCAGCGAGGCUCGGCGGUUCUACACGGGGCGCCCGGUCCACCUGGAUAAGAUCCUGAUGAGCAAGGUGAAGGUGCCCCACACCUUCGCCAUCCACUCCUACACACGGCCCACUGUGUGCCAGUACUGCAAGAGGCUGCUCCGAGGGCUCUUCAGACAGGGCCUGCAGUGCAAAGACUGCAAGUUUAACUGCCAUAAGCGCUGUGCGUACAAGGUGCCCAACGACUGUCUGGGAGAAACUAUAGACAGCAGAAGUAACAGUGACAUACUGAGUCCCAGUGCAGACCCAGAGCCUAUGGAGUGUAGUGAGUAUUCAGACUCGGACAGGUCGUGUCUGAUGGACGACUCAGAUGAAUCCUGCAGCAUCCCUGGGUCCUUCUCUCCUGAGAGCAGCCAGCAUGGGACUGGGGGAGACCAGAGUGCUAACAUCCCUCUGAUGAGAGUGGUGCAGUCGAUGAGGCAGACCACACGCCGCUCCAGCACAGCUAUCAAGGAGGGCUGGAUGGUCCACUACAGCAACAAGGACACACUGAGGAAAAAGCACUACUGGAGACUGGACUGCAAGUGCAUCAUCCUCUUCCAGAACAACACCACCAACAAGUACUACAAGGAGAUCCCCCUAUCAGAGGUCCUGGAGGUGCGUCCGGCGGGUGACUUCACCCUGGUCCCGCCCGGCACCAGGCCUCACUGCUUUGAGAUCAUCACAGGCACCAUGUGCUACUUCGUGGGCGAGGACCCCAACAUGCACGCUCCCACCCACUCCUCCCUCCCCCAGGGCUCCCCUCCCACCCCUCCCUCCCCCAGUAACGUGGCGCCCAAUAGCGGCGUGGGGCGGGAGGUGGCCAAGGCAUGGGAGAGCGCCAUUCGCCAGGCCCUGAUGCCCGUCAUCUUCCAGGACGCUCCGCCCGCGGAGGGACACACCCCCCACAGACAAGCGUCAGUUAGCAUCUCCGUCUCUAACAGUCAGAUCGUGGAGAAUGUGGACAUCGGCAUGGUGUACCAGAUCUUUGCUGAUGAGGUGCUGGGUUCAGGCCAGUUUGGAGUGGUCUACGGAGGGAAACACAGAAAGACAGGGCGUGAUGUGGCGGUCAAGGUAAUUGACAAACUGCGUUUCCCUACCAAACAAGAGAGCCAACUGAGGAACGAGGUGGCCAUACUGCAGAGUCUUCGUCAUCUGGGCAUAGUGAACCUGGAGUGCAUGUUUGAGACCCCAGAGAAGGUGUUUGUUGUCAUGGAGAAGCUCCAUGGCGACAUGCUGGAGAUGAUCCUUUCUAGUGAGAAGGGCCGACUGCCUGAGAGGCUCACCAAAUUCCUCAUCACACAGAUCUUGGCAGCUCUGAGGCACCUGCACUUCAAGAACAUCGUCCAUUGUGACCUGAAGCCUGAGAAUGUGCUGCUGGCUUCAGCUGAACCUUUCCCUCAGGUGAAGCUGUGUGACUUUGGCUUUGCCAGGAUCAUUGGGGAGAAGUCGUUCCGUCGCUCUGUGGUGGGCACACCUGCCUACCUGGCACCUGAAGUCCUGCUGAACCAGGGUUACAACCGUUCCCUAGACAUGUGGUCGGUGGGGGUCAUCAUGUAUGUGAGCCUCAGUGGAACCUUCCCCUUCAAUGAAGAUGAGGAUAUCAACGACCAGAUCCAUAACGCUGCCUUCAUGUACCCUCCUAACCCCUGGAAACAGAUUUCCCCUGACGCUAUCGACCUGAUCAACAACCUGCUGCAGGUGAAGAUGAGGAAGCGAUACAGCGUAGAUAAGAGUCUGAGCCACACCUACCUCCAGGACUAUGAUGCAUGGCUGGACCUCAGGGAGCUGGAGUCCAAACUUGGCGAGCGCUACAUCACCCAUGAGAGUGACGACAGCCGCUGGCAGAUGUUUGCCCGCGAGCACACGCUGGCUUACCCCCAGCACCUGGUGCCCCCUCCGCCCACACCAGGCUCCGACGAGGAGGAGGCCGGGGAGGACGCUGACAUGCAGGGGCUCACCGAGAGGGUCAGCAUCCUCUGAGCCCCACCUGGGAGAACCAGGGGAGACGGCUCAAGACGGCUGGCUGACCCAGGGAGGAGGAGGGGAGGAGGCCUGCAGGGUGGCUGGGAGAUGGCUGAUGAGGAUGUUUGCGAGUAGAAGUCAGACAACACCUUCGGUGAUAUACAGUGCAGAUUACAUAAUUUACUCAGAACAACCAAUCAGCUGUCUUUGUCCCACAGUUCUGCCUCCAGCCUCCUUCCUUGACCUCUGACCCCUCAUUGACCCCUGAUCCCUAGAAAUGACAGAAUGUCCUCCCUUCUUCCUCCAGGUCAUGUUGCCUAGCGAAAGGGCUACUCGCAUCGUUAGGGUCUUCUGUCACUGAUCAUGUCUGAACUACAUACCCAGAAGUUAAGGGUUCAUUUCUGAACUCAUAAAGAGCUUUGAAGACUGAGUCAGGGUAGGAUGGAAGUAAAGCACAAGCAUAUUAAUACUCCUUCUCCAGGGUUGGGGGGGGGGGGGGGUACCCUUCCAUCUUCCCCUUCCCAGAUUAAACAAAAGUUUAGACAGCAGAAGAGAAAGUUAAGAAAGUGUGUGUGUGUGUGUCUUUGCACAGAGUAUUGAGGAUGCAGCUGAGAAGAGACGAGUGCAUCUUAAAAGCUUGUUAAAUCCACUUAGGCAUGACAUGGCAAACUCUCUCACGAAAGGAUGCAUCUGAACUUGAAUAUCAUUUGGAUGUCCUGUUCAUCUGAAGAGAGGAAGCUUCUGCUCCUCCAGCUCCUCAGCCUCUCUCGGGGGGUGUAGGGGUGGACGUUGAGGUGGGCGGGGCGGAAAGCUUCAUGGUGAGCCCCGGUGGUGCGUGUGUGUGGGGUUGGGGGGUGGGGGGGUGUACUAGCUCAACACGGCGUGGAGAAGACCCACUCUUCCCCUGUCUCAGAGGAGAGGUGAUGAGGAGGUGGGAGCCGUGUGUGGUAUGUGUGUGAUGAUGUGCCUGAUGAAGACAAGCUCGGAAACCGUCUUCAAUCGUCUGUUAUCUCGUCGGGUCAGCUGCCUUCAACUGCCACCAGCUGCCACCCCAUGUCCUGACCAGCUGCUGGUUCUUCUCUUGAGAUGAAGUAGUGCCUAGAGUGUACACUGUUGUAACUGUACCUCACCUCACAAGACAUCCCUGUAGCUUUCCUACACACUGUAACCAAGAUACACCUGACAUGAGACUCUGGGUUCUAGACUCAGCUUCACACUGAUCAUAGAAACCAAUGGCGUACAGUCGUGGUCUCCAACUGUGGGACGUAGGCAAAUGAACUGCUUCUGAACAGUUGCAGAGGCACACAUGAUAUGAAGGAUGUUUCUUAGCGUUCUGAUAUUAGAAAGGAUACUAACCCCAUAUUGAGGUGCAGAUGGCUGGAUGAAUUGAUAGAUGGACAGAUACAUAGAUGGAUGAAUGUAUUGAUAGAUGGACAGAUAAAGAGAUGGAUGAAUGUAUUGAUAGAUGGCUGGAUGGGUGGUUGGGAUUAGAAGCAGAAAGGAUGGAUGGGGAAGAGGGAAUGACGUGAGGGAAGUGUAUGUGUGUGUGGAGAGGGGUUUUUUUCUCAUUCUGAUCACUGACUCCAAUAAUGACGCCUCUCUGUACCUCUAUAGCCUGCCUACUGCAUGUGUAUCUAGGCAGUGCAGCAAACCUAUGUGUAGGAGCUGGAUCACUCCGGUACGGAUGUCAAUCUCAGCAUUUGUAACACAAUAAAAAAAACAUGCUUUGACUAAUCCUA